AUGACGACGAAGAGGCGGCCAUGGGUGGUCGGCUUGUGCGCACUGUUCGCUGCAGCCACUAUCCUCGCUAGCAAUGUGCUCUUGUCAUCGCAAACAAGGACUGAGCGUAUUCCAAAAAACGCACAGGAGAUAUUGGGACGGUGCUCUUCCUUGCGACAGGCAGCAGGGCCACCGCCGAGUUUUGCAAAAAGAGAGGUCUCAGACAGGUUCGAGCCCGGAACGAACGCGACGCUCAUCCGGAAUGCUCGCAUAUGGACGGGAGUAGACAACGGCACGCAAGUACUGCACGGCGAUGUGCUCUUGGACAGGGGGGUUGUCAAAGCUGUUGGAAAGGUCGAUCGGCGCCUGUAUGCGCCGCUGGAGAACUUAACCGUGGUAGACGCGAAGGGUGCUUGGGUGACGCCGGGCUUAGUGGAUCUACAUUCUCAUGUUGGAUUGCUCCCUCUACCGUCUAUGCGCGCCACCUUCGAUGUAAACUCCCCGCAUGGCCCCGUCGUCCCGUGGCUCCGCGCAAUCGACGGUUUCAACACGCACGACGAAGCAUUCCAGCUGGGCAUUGCAGGAGGUGUCACAUCCGUGCAGGCGCUGCCAGGCAGCGGAAAUGCAAUCGGAGGCCAGGCAUUUAUGAUGAAACUAAGAAGGACAUCCGACCGUUCUCCUUCUUCGAUGAUCCUUGAGCCCCCACACAGUAUUAACGGCACAUCAGUCGACUCAUUGUUACCUCCUCGCUGGCGGCACAUGAAGCAAGCGUGCGGCGAGAACAUCAAGUGGUACGGUACCCGAAUGGACACGGUAUGGGCUUUCCGCCAGGCGUACAACGAAGCGCGCAAGGUGAAGAAUGCGCAGGACGACUUCUGUAUGAAGGCAGAGCAGGGCCUAUGGGGGAGCAUCGAGGGGCAGGCGUUCCCUGAUGACUAUAGGUGGGAGAUGCUGGUGGACGUGCUGAGGGGACGGGUCAAGAUAUCUCAUCAUUGUUACGAAGCUGUUGAUUUCGAUGGUAUAGUCCGGCUGACGAACGAGUUCCAAUUUCCCAUCGCCCUCUUCCACCAUGCCUCUGAGGCCUAUCUGGUGCCAGAUCUGCUGAAGCGCACGUGGGGAGGUACCCCUGCCAUCGCGAUAUUUGCCACCAAUCAUCGGUACAAGCGCGAGUCGUACCGAGGCUCCGAAUUCGCCCCGCGUAUUCUAGCAGACAACGACAUACGCGUAGUUAUGAAGACCGACCACCCCGUGAUCAACGAGCGCUACCUCCUCAACGAAGCGCAACAAGCACACUACUACGGCCUCUCCCCGCACCUCGCGCUCGCAGCCGUGACCUCCACCGCCGCCACCGCCGUCGGCAUGUCCCACCGCAUUGGGGUUCUGCGCACCGGCGCGGACGCGGACGUCGUCCUGUGGGACUCGCACCCACUGCAGCUUGGCGCGACGCCUGUGAAAGUGUGGAUCGAUGGGGUUCAGCAACUGCCUGAGGACGUGCAGGUGGGCGUAGGGAAAGAGGAGCUGGAGUGGAAAAAGACGCCGGGCGUGCCGGAUUGGGGGAAGGAGAGGAGGGAGACGGUGAAGUGGGAGGGGCUGCCUCCCUUGAAGGGGAGGACGGAGGAGGGGACGGUUGUGUUCACGAAUGUGGGGAGGGUUUGGGCGAAGGAUGAGGAGGGUGACAUCGAGGAAUUGCUCAGGGCUGAUGUUGACUCGGAGAUGGCGACGGUGGUUGUGCAGAAGGGAGUCCUCGUGUGCGCUGGGUCAUCCUUGUCUUGCCUGCACAACUUGAAGUCUUCAAGCCCGCCGGAGAUCGUGGAUUUGCAGGGAGGGACUAUAGCGCCUGGCUUGAUGACGUACGGGUCGCCGCUUGGGAUGGAGGAGAUCCCAAGCGAGCCUUCUACAGGAAACGGGGAGCUGUACGACCCAUUCUCGGGGGACGUCCCAAAGAUUAUGGGUGAUACAGCUGGUGUCACCCGGGCUGUUGACGCCCUCCAGUUUGGUACCAGGGAUGCCCUUUUGUCUUAUUACCGUGCAGGAGUUACGGUCGCGACGUCCUCGCUUUCGAAGACAACUCUCUUCGUCGGACCGAACAGUAUCAUCCCUGGCCUGUCGGCAACCUUUCGCACAGGUGCGACGAAUGCCCUGGAAGGGGGUGCUUUAGUCAAAGAAGUCACUGCAUUGCACGUUACGAUUGGGAGGCCUCACCCAAUCGGCGGGAGAAACGGACGCGGUCCGGGUGUCAGUGUAAGCACUGAGAUUGCGGCCUUGAGGAGGUUGUUGCUCGAAGGCGAAAGCAAGGACACUGAAACUGGUCGAUGGUUCAGGAAGGCUGCGGAGGGAACUAUCCCCUUGGUCAUCGAUGUCUCCAGUGCGGACAUUAUGGCAUCCCUUCUGAAACUCAAGGAGUAUAUUGAAGAGGCCAGAGGUACGACUAUGAGGAUCGUAUUCUCGCACGCGACCGAGGCGCAUUUGUUAGCGCAGAAGAUAGCAAAAGCCCGGGUUGGUGUCAUACUGAUACCGUCCAGGCCAUUCCCAAAUGUGUGGGAUGACCGACGGAUACUUCCAGGCCCGCCGCUGACGAAUGACACCACGCUCGUAAAGCUUAUGAAUCACGGAGUCACGGUAGCUAUCGGUGCGCCGGAAGGCUGGCAGGCGGUCAACACGCGUUGGGACUUGACAUGGGCCGCACUUGAAUCGAACGGUCGUAUUGACGAGCAGCAGGCGUACGCGUUGGCUUCGACAAAUCUGGAGAAACUGCUCAACGUAAGGAUACCGAAGGACAAGGCCGACCUCGUUGCAUAUACUGGUGGGAGUGCUCUGAGUAUGUCGAGCAAAGUCGCAGCCAUCGUAUCUCCGGAGAGGGGCAUGGUGGAAUUCGUACAGUGA